GCAACCCGCCGUAAUAUGGAGAGGAUAUGAAUUUCCCAUUGGAUUCCAAGAGACACAUUUUAUCACAAUCUGUGUGAAUCCGUCUCAUCCGUACAGGUGCUACUGUGGUACUUAUUCUUGUGGAUAAUCAUUCAUAUCCGUGGCAGGAUGAUCACCAUUAAAGUGCCAAGCUCGUCUGCGAAUAUCGGACCUGGAUUUGAUGUGAUUGGUCUAGCAUUGUCUCUAUUCCUCGAGUUGACGGUCACAUUCGACUCGACGGAUCAAAAUCCACUCAACUGCACUGUUUCAUGCGAAGGACUGGGGGCUGAGGAAGUGAGCCUUGAUCCUGAAGUCAACCUGAUCACAAGAACGGCGCUUUAUGUUUUGAAAUGCCAUAACCAGCGCCAGUUCCCCAAGGGCACUCAUGUCAAUAUCAUUAACAAUAUCCCCCUGGGCCGUGGUCUUGGGUCCUCAGGUGCCGCCGUGGUAGCUGGCGUGUCUCUUGGCAAUGAAGUCGGCAAGCUGGGUCUAUCCAAAGCUCGCAUGCUAGACUAUUGCCUGAUGAUUGAGCGGCAUCCGGACAAUGUUGCUGCAGCACUUUAUGGCGGAUUCAUCGGAACCUAUCUCAAUGAGCUGGAUCCCGAGCAAGCGUCCAGGAAAGAGAUCCCGCUGAGCGAAGUCCUUCCUGAACCGGCGGGGGGGGUGGAUACGGGAUUGAAACCGCCAGAGCCACCCCUCAACAUCGGGCAUUAUAUACGAUUCCGCUGGGCCAAGGAGAUCAAGUGCAUCGUCAUAAUCCCCGACUUCGAGGUGGCCACCCACAAAGCUCGAGAGGUUCUUCCGACGCAUUAUCCACGAGCAGAUGUGGUGUUUAACAUGCAGAGAAUAGCCCUUCUCGCCACGGCCCUGGGAGAGACUCCGCCGGAUCCAGACAUGAUCUUUGAGGCAAUGCAGGAUAAAGGUAUAUAUUAUGCUCCGUCCGGCCAUGUUGUACUGACGGGUGUAGUCCAUCAACCCUACCGCAAAGGGCUCAUACCUGGCUUGACUGAGAUCCUUCUGUCAAUGACCCCUAAGAGCCACCCUGGCCUUCUGGGUAUCUGCCUGUCUGGAGCGGGUCCAACAAUCCUUGCACUUGCAACCGGGAACUUCGAAUCAAUUGCGGACCACAUUCUGAACGACUUCAAACAACAAGGUAUAACAUGUGAAUGGAAGCUCCUUGAACCUGCCAAUGAUGGUAUGACUGCGAUUACAACAUGAUAUCAAAGGGAUAUGACUCGAGGCCGAUUCCACACUAGGUAGCCUUGGUUCAAACAGGGGGUUUGCGUUUAAGACGCCCUAUAGAUCAGUCUGCAUCUGCACAUGUGCGCAAUCUUUCUUAGACACCUUGGGUUUUCCCAAUCCGAGAUUCUAAAUUCAUGAGAACCAUAAAGAGAUUAUAUAUCUAGGGAAUUCAAUGACGUGGAACGAAGCUAUCAUGUGUGUCGACUAGAUCAAGACCAGAAAUGAACUAGGACUUGGAGAAAGAAAGCUCGACUUUUAAUCUGAAAUCAAGGUUCAAAUGCGUUCUUG